AUGGGAGGCAGAGGAUGGUGUGAAGGCACAGGUGGAGGCACAGAGCAGAGGGCCAGGGGGCUGGGGAGCCAGAGAGGGCAGCCCUGGGGGCUGUUCGCGUUGCUAUCCCUGUCGCUGUGGCUGUGGCUGGUGUCGGGGCUGGAAGGAAGCGCUUCACUUGGGGCUGGGACAGAGACAACGAGAGAAGCUGGAUCAGAAGCCACAGGUGCAGAGAGGAGCCUAGACACUGGGACUGAGAUCAGCGUCAGAGACCUGGGGCAACUCCAGACAGGAGCCACCGUCGGGUUAAGGCGCAGGAGACCAGCCCUGAGGCAACACAGGUGCCCACAUCGCUGCUUUUGCAUCUCUACCGCUGUGAACUGCUCAGGAGCUGGGAUGAAAGCAAUCCCACCUGCCCCGGAUUGCCCCCCACACACCACCGUCCUGGAUUUGUCCCACAAUCUGAUCAACGAGUUGCCUCCAGCGAUCCUGUCCAACUUUGAGAGUCUGCAGAGACUGUAUCUCCAGGGUAAUUCCAUUAGGGCUCUCGGCAAUAAGGUAUUUGCUGGAAGAAGAUCACUCGUUAUCCUAAAGCUUGGUUGGAACCAGUUUGUUUGUGGCUGUGACCUGUCUUGGCUGAAGGUCUGGAUCCAACACAGAGAAGCCAUUGUGUUGGACAGAGAUGAGAUCUGGUGUGCCUGGCCUUCUGCCGCCGCCAACACCACCCUGGUCAACGUGGAUUUCACACAGAUGCCCUGUGCUGAUCACUUUGUCUCUUGUGUGGGCGAUCGUGCAUCUGCGUGGGAUCCAGCGAUGAUCUACUCGUCCAUCGAUCCCUCCGCCCACAACCGGCGCUCCUGCCACGCCGCCUGCCGCAGAGGGGGUCACACUCGCUACAGUCUGGACGUGCGGGGCUACUGCCUGUGUGGCUCCCCCCGGGGACGGACAUCCCCCUCACCAGAAACGGCACGAUGCUCAUCCGUGUGCUCCAACCCGGUGCCAGCGAGGGCGUGCGGACGGAGCGUGGUGCGCUCGGUGUACGAAGUGCGGCUCGGCCUCAUGGCGACCGGACGUUGCGUCUACAGCCUUUACGAGCCGGUGGUCCUGACGCUGGCCGGCUCGGGCCUCAUCAGCCAGUACAUGUGGGACUUUGGGGACGGCUCCGUGGCUUGGAACACCAGCUCGAGGUCCGCCCAGUACAAGUACGGGUUACCGGGCCGGUACUGGGUCCGAGUCCAGGCCUUCACCUCGUUCGAGGUGCUUUCGCUCAGCCAGGAGCUUGUGGUCAUCAUGGUGAUCGACGGCCGCGUGGGGCUGCAGUGCCCGGGGCUGGUGGAGGCAGGAGGCAGUGUGGAUAUCUGGCUCCAGACCUGGCAAGGAACCCAGAUGUCUGCAGAGUGGAGAGUGACCUCCAGCAAUGGCCAUGAAGAGACCGAUGACAGCACCUGUCCCCAAGGUGGUCACACCUACGUGAGAAACGGCCACUGCUACUGGCUGAGUCAGGUGAAGGAAUCAUGGCGCAGGGCUCAACAGCUCUGUCAGCAGACGCCCGGCACAGACCUGGUCAGCGUCAACCACCAAGAUGUUCAGAAUUUCAUCCAGCGCUACUUUUCCACGGUGAAUGAGGCCUGGAUUGGUCUCAGCUGGACAGAGGCUGAAGGGACGUAUCACUGGGUGGAUGGCAGCAGAACCGACUCUUUCCAAAACUGGGCAUCGUCCAAGGAGCUGACCGGUGACUGUGUUUUGGUGAUGCUGAACAAAGGCGGUGUCUGGAAGCAGAUGCCAUGCAAUGGCAGGAGGCAUUUCAUAUGUGAAAAGCAGGCCGGCUACCCUAUACAGAAUGUCAAUUACUUCCUCACCGGAUUGCCUGUCUUCAGCGGAAACUACCCCGUGAGGAACACAACGGUCCUCAGCGCUCCAUCCUCACCAGGAACAGCUACCAUUGAGCUCAUGCUAUUUCCUGGUCUGUGGUUCAGUCACUCGGGUUUGCUGACCUCGAUUGAGUUUGUAGUCCAGGCUUUGAAGAGGAGCACUCAGGUGCGUUUCCAGAUAUUCAGGCCCUACUGCACUCCAAGCCUGUACCUCAUCCCUCCAGGCUGUGAGUCCCUGCGGACACCCUUUGCCAGCUGUGACACGCAGCCCCUGUGUAACACCACUGGGGGCUGUAUGAGCGGACAGCAGUGGUGCCACCUGAGAGAAGGAUGUCUUCCUGUCUCCAGUCCCUGCAGCUCGUACGCCUUUGAGGGGAUCACGUCUAACAUCCUGCCCAUAGCUAACCCGCCCAGGUACAAGGGGACCCAACCGUACUACUCCCAGGUGGCUGAUAUACCCCUGACGCUCAGCUCGGAACUCAGCAGCACACACGUAAACGUGCUGCUGGCAGAGAAAGAUGUCACCGUCUACCCAGACGACGUAAUUGGGAUCCAGCACGAUGCCGGGCCGGGCUGUCUGCUUGGCUGCCAGUCGAGCUCCAAGUCCCCGUGGCGACAGAGCUACAUCAGCCUGGAGCAGCAGAGCUGGGUGGAGAUGUCGCUCACCGGCUUCCAGCCGGCGUGGCUCAGCGCCAAGUGGGUGGACAGCGUGGUUUGCGACGUGAGGGUCCUGUACACGGAGGAGUUGCGGAGUUUUGCCGUCACUCCUCUCCUCAGCACUGGGCAGACGCAGGCAGGGACGUACACGUACUCGGUCACCGUGGCAAACAAGGUCAGCUCCGUGACCCAGUCCUGCCGGGUGGAGGUUCGGUCGAAGAUCACCGGUUUGCAGAUCAUCUUCCCGCGGCCACUUCACGGCAGGCUUCAGGUCCCGACCAACAGCUCGACUGUCGUGGUGAUCAAAAUCCUCUCCGGCAGCAACGCCACGGCGUCCUGGGGAGUUCCCAUCCGGCGGUCGGGGGUCCGAUUCGAGAGUGGGUGCCCCCCCGACGUUCCGCGGUUCGCGCCUGCGUGCCGCAGGGAGACGGGAGACACCUGGUUCGCCCACGCCCACCUGACCCCCACCGACCGCCGUCUCCGGACCCUGAGCGUGGCCGUCAGCAACGACAUCAGCUCCCAGAACCUGUCGGUGCUGGUCCAGGCUCACGAUGCCAUCGGGGGUCUCCGCAUCGUGCCCCCCGGCCCCAGGCGCAUGCUUGUGGACGCUUCACAGCUAUUUUCACCGGCAGUGACACGGGGCACCUCCGUCACAUACACCUGGGUAAUUGAUGACCUGACGGUCUUCGCGUACACUGGGCAAACAUACAGUGUGAUCUUCAAGAGAGCUGCAACCUACAGGCUGAAGCUAACAGCGGUGAAUCCCGUGAGCAACCAGACAGUGGAGACUGACCUGAUAGCGGAUACCAUGUACCCCAUGGUAGAUGCCGAGUUUGUUGGCGUGUCUAAUGUGAUCCCCGUCAAUAUGUCUCGGACAUUCACUUUCAGCAUCAGAGUGGACAUCUUGGCGGAGGUUACUUUCCGGUGGAACUUUGGUGAUGGCACUGUUCCUGUGGCUCAUUCGAGGAGACCUCCAUACGACCCACAGUUACCAGGGACUGAGCGAGUGCACCUGCUGGAUAAUGUGACCUGGAUGUACACCAAGUCUGGUGACUACAAUUUGGAAGUGGAAACUCGUAAUCGUUGGGCAUUCACUAAGAAGUGUCUGUCUGUCUACGCGCGGAGCCCAUUGUCGGAUCUGAAGUGUGUCCAGACCCCAGAGUUCCCUUACAUCGAUGGCAACGUUGAUUUUGAAGCCUUCCCUCACCCCUCGCCCUUUGGGAUCACGUACACCUGGGACUUCAAUGACCAGUCACCCCACCCUGUCACAGUGGGGAGGAAUUCCACGGUGCAGCACAGGUUUCAGAGAAGCGGAGUGUACAAUGUCACACUCUGGGCUAACAAUACAAUCAGCGCCAUCAGUACGCACGUGCUGGUGUCUGUUGUGGAGCGCAUCUCAGGUCUUGCGGUCUCAACCAACGGGCCGAAUGAGCUGGGGGUUGCAACGCUGGUCAAAGGGAAAGUGUCACAGGGUACAAACAUCGUUUGGAGCUUUGAUAUGGGGGAUGGCUACAUAUUCCGAAAUCUACCGAAGAGCAAUGUUUCUUACAUCUAUGCCGCAGAGGGGAAUUAUAAGGUGACGGUGUCCAGCAGCAACAUGGUAAACUCGGUCAAUCGCUCAGUUGACGUGAACGUUUACGCUCUGAGAAUAAUGGAGGUGAUGCCUUCAGGCUGCCUGGUGUCAGGGCAGAACAGCUUCUUCAAGGCUCGGAUCUCGGGGAGCCAGAAUAAUAUUAAAUUCUCCUGGAACUUUGGAGACGGGGGUCCCACCAUUGGCAUCCAGGGUAAUUCAUCCAUCGUUCAUGCCUACAGCUUGGCUGGAAACUACACCAUCAGGAUUAAUGUUAGCAGCCCUUUCAACACCGCAUAUAGCCAGGCUGGAGUCUGCAUAGAAAGACUCAUUGAUUCCGUCCAGCUCGUUGCAAGCAACAAAUCUGUUCGGUUGAAUGAACUGGUGCAGUUUAUUGCAGAAGUGGUGCCAAGUGAAGACAACCAACAUCAGUACACUUACCUCUGGGAUUUUGGGAUCGGGGAAUCUCCCAUAUUGGGCAAUGGAGCAGUGUCGUCCUUAUAUAAAGAGGUUGGUGUUUACCUCGCCACGGUCUGUGUUAGCAACAGAAUUGACAGCAAAAGCGAAUCUUGCUCGGUGGUUGUACAAGAAAGUGUUGGAAAGUUUUCUGUUUCCCACGAUGGCUCGAACCAAACCACUCUCUCCUUGAACAAGACUUACAGAUUUAAGCUUGACGUGGUGUCAGGCACCAAUGUCACAUUCACCUGGGAUUUUGGUGACGACACUUCUGCCAGACUGGGUCAAAAUCCGUCGCAUGCCUAUAGCAACAGUGGUGUGUUUACUGUAAGUGCGAUAGGCACAAACCUCGUCAGUCGCAUGGAAAGUUAUUUAAACGUCAUGGUCCUGACGCCCAUUACGGAACUGAAGAUCAACACCGACCGAUUGAUAGUAGAAAUUGGCAAAGAGGUCACCUUCACAGCCACCCUGUCUGGGGGAGAUCAGGUCUGUUUCUUCUGGGCUGUUUGUAGAGGUUGCAUUCGCCAGGAGGGAACCUCGUUGUUCAAGCACAGGUUUCAGGGUCUUGGUAUCUAUGAUGUUCUGCUGACAGCGAGAAACUACGUCAGUGAAGAAAGGGACAUGAUUUCCCUUCAAGCCCAAGAAAAGAUGCUGGAUUUGGAGAUCUACAGUGAAGACCUGGUUCAGGACAGUUACUGUGCUACCAAGGAAGAUUGCAAGCUUCUCGCACGCGUUGCCUCUGGCUCGAACAUGACCUACGGCUGGCUGAUUAGCCAGGGUCCUGCUACACGUCUUCGAGGUCGCGGGUCAUCAAUGGUGUUUCACCCAGAAGCAGCUGGGGAUUACUUGGCAAUUGUCCUGGCCGAGAAUGGCCUUGGAGCAGUCAACCAAAGCAAAAGGAUUUUCGUCCAAGAACGCAUCAGUGGUGUAAAGGUGACUGGAACGGCAGAAAGUGUAGCUAUCGGAAUACCCGUAAACCUAAGUGUGUCUGUAAUCUCAGGCACUGACUUGCUAUACCAAUGGUUCUUAGGAACAGAUGAAAAUAUACUUACAACCAGCAUCUCCUCCAUCUCUUAUAUUUACCUAUCAUUGGGAACAGUAGUUGUAAACGUGACUGUCAGCAACGUGCUGGGCAGUGCCGAUGGUUCCAUGGCUUUACGGGUCCAAGAGGCUGUUUCUAGGGUGAGUUAUACUCUGCUUCGAGCUGUGCCUCCGUUUUAUGUGCCAUCCAAUGCUACUGCACGUUACCAGGGGCAUGCGGGCAGAGGCAGCGAUAUUACCUGGCAGUGGAGCCUACCAGAGGACAUGGGAAGUGAGGUCCUGAAUGGAAGUGAGAUCACAUACACAUUCAAGCGUGCAGCUGUAUAUCCCUUGACUCUCAACGCCUCCAAUGAAGUCAGCUGGGAGUCGGUCAGUCAUAACAUCACAGUUCAAGACUGUGUCCGAGGGUUGAUGAUCCGGGCAGACAAGGCCGUGGCACGAGUUGGUGAUCCCGUGAUCUUCACCAUUAGUGUCCAGAGGGGCACGAGCGUGUGGUAUUCCCUGUACUUCCCCACCUUCAACGUCAGCGUGUUUCUUCAGGGCGAUACCUACGAGAUGGUGUUCCCUGCUGUUGGAGAAAACACUGUGACGGCAACAGCGUGGAACAACGUAAGCAGUGAGGUGAAGUUCACUCGCAUUGUGGUUGUGGAGGAGAUCACAGGGUUGCACUGGGUAAGCUGCUGUCCGGCUGCGGUGGAAGUCAACAAGGAGCGGACUUUCACGGCUGAAGUCCGGGCUGGGUUGGAGGUAAUUUACAGAUGGGACUUCCAACUCCCAGGUUCUACAGACUAUCACCUCUCUGGUCAAAGCGUGUCCUACACGCCCCAUAGGGAAGGUGCGUUGACCGUACAUGUUAAGGCUUCCAAUGCAUACAGCACUCUAUCAUUAAUGGAAGUGAUUCGAGUGCAGUUCCCUGUUGCAGAAGCAGAACUGUGGAGCAACGGCACAGACCUUUACGUCAACCAGACGGUCAUGUUCCGGGUUACCAUUGCCGGCGGGAGUGACGUUUACUACCGGUGGAGCUUCGGAAAUUCCCAGAAUGUGUACGUCAACCAGAACAGCACGGCUCUUUACCAUUACACAACUCCCGAUGAUUACGCAGUGGAGGUCACGGCUUACAACAACAUUAGCUUCUUUGUGACGCGGCUCGGAGUUACUGUGCGCAAGCCUGAGUGUGUGAUGCCCGAAGUUCAACUGGUGGAGCCUCCGCAUACUAUCUUCAGGGCUCGCGUGAACUACUUUGAGGCCAGCGUUGAUCUGAAGGGUUGCACACUGUACAAGACACACUACCUGUGGGAAGCGUUCAGAGCCUCUAGUUGCGAAGAAGCGCAAGCAGUGGAUCGCGUGUUCCUUGGAAACGUGGACACAAGCAAACCUCUGCUGGUGCUGCCCAAACUGUUGCUGAACACCAGCACCUACUGUCUUCAGUUCACAGUGUCCCUGCACCGAACACCACUGUUGAGGAGCGUCUCUUUCAGGAUCCGUGUGUUACAAAGCAAACUCGUCCCUGUUAUUGGUGGAGGAUCCAGGAGAGCCUGGGCGGCCAGCCAGGACCUGUUACUUGCCGGCUCCAAAUCCUACGAUCCUGACACCAAGACGAGCGAGGAAGCGCUUCUGAUGUAUCGAUGGACUUGUGAAUCUGAGACCAAGGCUACUCUCACGAUUCCCAGGAAGACCCUCCUGCCCGGCAACACGUAUGUGUUCACUCUGACUGUCAGUAAAUGGGGCAAAGAAGCCGCCUCCGCCGUUCAAAGAGUCCUGAUACAAGCCGAGAGGGUCCCGUGUGUCCUGCUGGAGUGCAUCUCGUGCAACGCGCUUUCCAGCUACAGAGUGAGCAGGAGCAUUCACGUCACACUGGCUGGACAGUGUGAAAACUGCAGCAGCAACACCUCUCACAAAUGGACGGUCCAGAGCUCAGAUGGCUUCCCUCUGACCUUGGAUAACCAAACCACCUCCACAGGAGACUCGAAUCCUGACCUGGUUAUCCGGCAGGGAGUGCUGCGCAAUGGAGUCAACUACACUUUCACCUUGAGUGUCAUGGACCCAGAGAAGCACAGCUCUGGCUUCUCCAGCAUCAUGCUGACCCCUAACUACCCACCCAGUGGAGGGGUCUGCACUGUGAAACCAGACACUGUCUUCUACUUGCUGGAAACUGUGAUCAGCGUUAACUGCACAGGAUGGCUGGAUGAGGAUGGAGGCUUUGAUCAGCUGAUUUACUCGCUGAUAGCAAUGAGCUGCUUGGACCGUUCUGAUGCCUGCCACCAGUACCACCUGUACCGGGGUAUCAGGUCCUCCUUCAGUGCGUUAGUGCCAGCGGGAACCCAGGGCAACACCUCAGCAGUCAGCAUUGUGGUGGAGGUGGAAGAUCUGCUGGGUGCCAAAACUACAGCUGUGAACAGGACGCUGACGGUGCUAAUGCCAGAAUUGCCGUCAGGAUUCCAGAACGUGACCGACUGGUUGAAAAGCAAGAGCCAGCGGGAGCUGUGGGGGCUGGUGCAACAGGGCAACCCCAACCAGGUCAUCCCUUACUCCAUCGCUCUCCUCAGCGCUCUGAAUCAGAACAACGGGGUUAGUGAGCAGGACGUGUACGAGAGGAUCUCGAUCCGCAGUAAUGUAACGCUUGCGCUGACGUCCCUACAUCUAACCACCGUGGAAGACGUGACCCAGCUGAGCGCGGCCAUGGCACAGUGUGCGGCUUUUCCCGAGGAGCUUGUCGGUGAGGAGAGCCUGAGGGAGAGCCUGGCGAUGAGCGGGAGGAUGAUUGACAUCAUUGGUAACCAGACGGGCCAGGGGACGGCAACACCCACAGCGGCUGGGACAAACAUCUUGAGACUCCUGGGAGGGGCGUUGGCAGCGGUAGACGGGUCUCAGGAGGACGUGGAGCCCCCGGCAGGUGGUGGGAUCACGUCCGCCUCCGUCUUCCAGCUGACAAACCAGCUGAUGAAGUCGCUGAUGCGCUCGCGGGUGCUGAACGAGGAGCCGCUGUCUCUCUCCGCCUCGGGGAUCGAGGUGCACGGCAAGCGCACAAACCCGCUGAACCUGCUGUGCGCCCGGUUCGGCCGCGGUUGCCCCUUCCACGUCCCCGACGCCCUGUCCGGCCAGCUCUCCGGCCACCGCGAGGUGGUCCAGGUGCUGAUGAACAUCGGGGUUAACCCCUUCCUGGCCGGUUCCAUCGGCCACUACAGCGUCUCCACCCGCGUGGCGUCCAUGGAGUUCACCACGCCCGGCGGGACGCGCAUCCCGAUCAACGACCUGCCCGGCGACCAGUCUAUUCAGGUCAUAUUGGCGAACAACAGUGCCAGGCGUCCGGGGCACAGCAGCACCGCCAUGUCCAUCGUUGCCGGAGGGUGGGUGAACUUUACCGUCAGGCCUGUCAACAGCAACCGAGCGGCGGGGCUCCAUAUUCAGCUGACGCUCACCGCACUGGAUUCCGGAGGCGAUCGGGACCCGAGUCCUUUCGUGCACAUCUGCGUUUCUUCUUUCGAGGAGCCGCUGUUGAACACGACGAAGGAAAUUUCUCAGCCAAACAGCGGCAGACACGCCAGCGAUGAGCACACAGUCUUCCUGUCGCCCAAGCUUUACGACACUACAGCACCAUACAACAUCAACGUGUCGAGCCGCUUUUCGUCCGUGCCCGUGAAUGUGUCUGUCACUGUGUACACCUCACUCUGCCAGUAUUUUGACCUUGAGCAACUGCGGUGGAGGACAAAUGGGAUGGUGUCCACGCACAGGACCACACCAGGAGAGGCAGUGUGUCUCACUCGGCACCUCACGGUCUUCGGGGCGAGCAUGUUUGUCUCUCCAGACGCUGUAGAGUUUCUCCCUCCUGCAGACCGGCCGGCACAGAACCUGAUUGUGGUGAUCACCUGCGCCUUAGUGUUUGCCGUCUAUGUAGUGAUGGCCCUGAUUGCCCAUAAGUUGGAUCACAUUGACAUCAACAGUGUUGGCAUCGUCCCUGUGUGUGGGCAGCACGGGCGCUACAAGUAUGGCAUAAUGGUGAAAACUGGCUGGUGCAAGAACUCAGGGACCACGGCACAUGUAGGUAUCAGUCUGUAUGGAUUGAACAAGAGUGGAUCCCGGCACUUGGGCAAGGAAGGCGCCUUCCAGAGGAACAGUCUGGACGUCUUUCAGAUCGAGACCGACACGAUCCUGGGAGAGAUUUGGAAAAUCCGAAUCUGGCAUGAUAACACAGGUCUGGACCCGUCCUGGCACUUGGAGCACGUCAUUGUUUGGGACAAGCAGACAGACAGCAUGUACUUCUUCCUGGUGCGCGAUUGGCUCUCGGUGGAGAACGAGAAGAACGAGGGGAUGGUGGAAAAGGAGGUGCUGGCAGCUUGCCCCCAAGAGCUGCGCAGUUUUUCCCGUAUUUUCCUCUCCCAGUUAAAGCGAGGAAUGUCGGAAAAGCACAUCUGGCUGUCGGUCUGGGAUCGUCUGCCGCGGAGUCGCUUCACCCGAGUCCAGCGGGUCACGUGCUGCACUCUGCUCCUGUACCUGUUCCUCGCCGCUGUCACUGCGUGGUAUGGAGCCGUUGGAGUCAAAAGUAAAAGAGUGCCCGUGGUGUACUUGGCUUCUGUUACUGGGGAAAACGUGGCUGUUGGAAUCGUCGUGGCUCUCGUCGUGUUUCCGGUCCACCUGCUCUUCACGCUCCUCUUCAGAAGAACCCGCAGCAAAGUUACUGUGGAAGAUCCAGACCCUCCUGCCAUCGAGGCACAGACUGUGGAAAUGGACAUUUAUUUGGACCCUUUGGAGUUGGGCAGCUCUUCCUUUCUUUCCAUCCCUGAUGGACAGGAUUCAGUCAUGGACGUCAACUCUGACAGUUGUGAAUCCCUUGGGAGUAAAAAGCUGGACUCUGACUUGGGAAUUCCUUCCCAGUUGGGCAGGCAGAGCUUCCUUAAGUACUGGCCGUCGUGCGACAGUAUAUUUGAUCUCCCGGAUCUCCUGAACAAUGACUCCUCCUUCGCCCAGAAUAAAGUUCUCAAGCGGAAGAAAGCCUUGCAUAAGCUGGGGAUCGAAGAGUCACCAACUUCGGAUGAAGAUCCGCUCUCCUUCUCCAUUUCAGACUCUGACGAUAGCAGGAGCCUUAAACACAAUCAGCUGACAAUGUCAGAUGAAGAUCUCAUGAAGAGUAUCGCCGCAGAGGUCUCGAAGAAUGAUGGGUCAGACAUUGUGACAACGGACAGCGGGCGAUUCUCUCCCAGGGCAGAGGCAGAUCUGAUCUCAGAAAUUUUGCAGGGCUCCUGCAGUACGUGGUCUGAUUCGUGCGAGAAGCUGCCACGCAAGGGAAUCCUGCAAAAGUCCUUCUCUUUUGUUUCAACAGGAUCGACAGCCAGCAGCUUCCUGGCCAGCCUGGACACCACCCCCAAACCCAGCUCAGCCUUUUCCACUCGAAUAGGCGUCUCUAAGAGCCCAAAGAAGUGGCUUUUCCCGCACUGGGUCCUUUAUGUAACGUACUUGGUGUGUUUCCUGCUCAUCGCAGCGUCUGUUGGUGUGACCGUCACUUACGGAAGGCUGUUCCACAACAAUGUGGUGCUAAUGUGGCUUAUUUCUGCCUUUUCCUCCUUCCUGACCUUGUUCUUCGUCUUGGAACCCAUCAAGGUGUUAUGUGAGGCCCUCCUGCUCGCUCUGGUUACCAAGCCAGUAGACCCUGAUGAGGAUGAUAAUUUGGUCGAGGAGCCUCUGAUCAAGAAAAUGUCCGAAAAAAUCAGUAAGGUUCGACCACCAUACGGUUACGGACUGCUUCAGGCCAAAGAGGAAGCGCGCAAAGUGAGAGCCUUGCACACGAUUAUGAAGAACUGCAUUGUGCACACUCUUUUCCUGCUGUUGGUGCUUAUCAUUAACUACCAGGGAUAUUUCCAAAACACCAACGCCCGACUGCUGCAUGCUAGUGUUCGACAGUCUGUCGUUGGGAGGACCCAGCCUGGACCCAACUUUUCUGCCAUCAAGGGGGUGGGUGAUUUCUGGCAGUGGGCGGAGGUUGUGUUACUGCCACAUCUGUACAGUAACCCUGGACUGACACCGGUUGGAGCAGCUCGGCUAAGGCAGCUCCGAUCCAAAGAGGGUAUGAAUGUGUUUAACAAGGCGAUCUGGGAACUUCAGCAGGACACUGCGGGAGGUUUCCCUGACCUCAAUGGGAGAAUUCUUCUGCACUUGUCAGAAAUUUUGAUUUAUGAUAAUAAUAUUAAUAAUAAUAAGUUCUAUCUCCACACCAGCAAUGGACGCUCAAAAUUGGAGCCCGGGUAUUGUCGGCAUUUGCCUUCCAAUGUGAUUCUUGGCAAUAAACCUUCCGGCACCAGUGUCUGUGGCCUCUUCAGCCUCCUGAGAGCAGACACCCCAAACCUGGGGACUGGGUGGUGGGCUGACACCAGCACUGCCAAUCGCAGUUGGGUUUAUCUGUCACACAAGUUAACAGGUAUCAGGUACCUGGGAGAGAUGGGGCUUUAUGACAGCGGAGGAUAUACACAGGAACUCGGCAACAACUUUGGAGAAAGCAGCAGCAUUCUGUGGGAUUUACGCAAAAACAACUGGAUCGAUCCGAUGACCAGAGCUGUGUUUGUGGAGUUCACUCAGUACAAUCACAAUGUGGAUCUACACGUGGUGCUCACGCUGCUGCUGGAGUUCCCAGCUGUGGGAUCAGUGGCGUCGACUGUUGACAUUAAACCUAUUACCAUGAUGCGCUCGAGCCAGGGCGCUAACCUGCAGCUGGUGAUGAUGGUGUUGCUGCUCCUCUUCAGUCUGGGUUUUCUGUUUGGAGAGGGCUGCGACCUGAGGAGAGAGCGGUUGGCAUAUUUCACAGAAGGCUGGAGGUAUCUUCAACUCCUGAUCAUCCUCCUGUGCGUGUUGACCUCCGCGCUCCACUUCGGUCGCCUCUCGUCAGCCGACGUACAGUUUGAACACUACAAGCAGAACCCGUGGGUCUUCACCAACUUCUACCACGUGGCAUUCUUGGCGGAGGUGGUCACUGACCUCAGUGCUGUUCUGCUAACCAUUCUGACUAUGAAGAUUGUCCGGCAGCUGCGGUUUGUCCGUAGAUGGUGUACAUUUGGGAAGGCGAUUGAGCAUGCGUUGCAGGAGCUGGUGGCUGCCGUCCUGAUGUUCUUCUUGCUUGUUCUGGUCUACGCACAAUGUGGCUAUAUGAUGUUUUCCCCGGGACUGGAGGACUUCAAGACUUUCAGGCGUUCUCUUCUGUCUCUGAUAGCAUUGCUCCGCGGACUGGUGACGCUGCAGCGUGCAGUCCAGCAGUAUCCUGCAUCUGGGUCCAUUUACUUCAUCAGCUACCUGGCCUGCCUACUGUGGAUUAUGGCUCGGCUCUUCAGCGCCAUCAUCAUUCACAGCUACAAGGUGGUCCGAGCAGAGAUGUACCGACCCGCCAUCGAGCCACAGGACUACGAGAUGAUAGAGUUCUUCAUCAAAAGGUUCAAGCUUUGGAUUGGCCUCAGCAAAGCAAAGGAGUUUCGUCACAAGGUCAAAUUUGAUGGAAUGGAAUCUCUACCGUCACGGUCCUCCCGAAAUUCCAAACUCUCCCGAUUUCCCUCAGUCAGCGCUGACUCCCAUUAUUCUGAUUCCUCCAUCUCGUCUGGAUCCAUGCGCUCCGUAGAUCUAAAUAUCCCAGAGAGCCCAGCCGGAGUGGCCUACGAUGUACAACUUUAUCUGGAUCGACUCUUGCCCACGGUUAACAGCCUCCUCGGUCAGUUUGACCGGGUUAAUAAAGUUACCUAUGACUUGUAUCAGAUUGAGGCUGGUUUGGAGUCGGUCCAAUGCAAAAUUAACACGAGGAAACAGAGCCAGGUGAGCAGAGAAAUGGUUAAUGUGCAGAAAAGGAUGAACCAUCCAGCUACCAUGCAGCUUGUGCUGCCAAGGACUUAUAGCACGUUUUCUGAAUCUGCUGUCUCUGGCCUGCGCCCGAGCAAAGGCCAGGAUUGUGAAAACCCAGCAGAGAAGAGCGAGCCAACACAACAGUCCUCAGUGGGACCUAGUCGAGCCUCUGGCAGAAGAGCCUGGCAAUCUGGACCACCCCUGUCAGCAGACUUGAGCCAGAGGCAUUCGCCGGCCUCGAACCCUGCAGCAAAACCAAGGCCGAAGAGUGAAGACGGGAAGGACCGAGCAACGAACAUGCAUCAGGCGCCAAUUAAGAGGAGAGCUUGGCAGAUGGAGAGUGCUGGGGGAGCCCACCACUGAUUGCAGGUAACAGGCAGGAGGAUACACUGUAAUCCACAUGUCUGUACUGACUUCAACCAAAUGUGAAAUGAAAAGCAUAAAGACGGUAAAUUUAGUCAUAGAUAAGGAGGGUUUUUAUAGUCCAUGUGAUACGAGCCAGGAUUGACCUUGGCCUUGUGCGUGUUGGAUUUGGGCUACUUUGAAAUUCCUCUCACACUGCUUCCAAACCACAAACGUGACGUGGUAUUCUAUAAUUCCAGUUACACAUUUUGGUUCAGAAAUGUUCUCAUUCGUCGUUUUAAACAAGUCACCCAUUAAUGUCUACUGGUACAUCAUCAAUAUUGCUUGCUUUCCCUACUCUGACUUGAUAUAGAAGGUAAAGAUUUUAGCUUAUUGGGUAGUCCAAACAAGUCCUGCUUUUUUUUUGUUGCAACAGACCGAAUCGUGUUUUGUAACACAUUCCCUGACUGAAUGAUGCUGCACAACAUUUAUAACACAUCCCCUCCACCUGCUCUCAUUGACCGACUGACUGACAAUGCGAGAGAGUCACACCAUUGAUCACAAGUGGCGCUGUUAACCACAAGUGGCAAAUGAAGCUGAGUCAAUUAAAUCAUUUAUAAAGGAAUCAGAGAGAAUUAGGAUAUCGAAAGUGCGUGGGGAAGAGCAGACAAAUGGGAUUAGGACAGAUAAAUAGAGGAUUUAACUGACUGGAUUGAUGGCCUUUUGUGCUAAGAUUUGAAUAGUUUUUUCACUGAUUGAUGAUCAGCGUGUGAGACACUUAUUAUGCUUAUAAUGUUGUGACUACAAAGUGAGAUGGAAAUUAGUACAAUGGAAAACAAGGACUGAGUACAGCAUCGUCUGACCUGAAAGAAGAGGGCAUCAGAAUUUAACAGACAGCAAAGAAAAUAAACAGAGAAAAACAAUGAAGGUAAAAGCAAAGCAAUAAAAGAAAUGGUUUCAACGGGAGCUAGGAGCAGUGAAGAAAAAAAUCAACAACCGAUCAAGCGAAAUAUUCAGUGAAACAAGAUACUGUAUUAAUAAUAAUAAUCCUUGCAUUUGAUAUAGCGCUUUUCAC